UGAUCUUGACAUGUUUGUACCCCCUUGUUCUUCGUCUGCCAUGCCCCUUCCAUGUUUUCACUCCUCUCUCUUCUCCGCUCAGCUCCGCCUUCCCUCCUCCUUUUGCCUGUAUUUCCAGCGCUGUCCAGGGCUCGGUGCUGUUGUUUCUCUCACCAUCUGAUUGAGCCCAGGCUGUGCGGGGGCUCCCUGCGGGAUCAGAGCGCUCCCCCGCCGGGACUCCACUCCUCACAUCCCCCUGCUGGGACUCCGCUCCAUCCCCAGCCCAGCCUGGCUUUAUUAUGUGUGUCUGCAGUGCAGCCCCAACAGCAGCAGCGAGAGCAGGAGGGGAGAGAGCCGGGACAAAGAGCAGCCAGUCGGCCAAGCGGCAUGAGAUAGGGAACUGGGGCUGCUGCGGCGUCUUCACCGCGGCGCAUGGGGGCAGCUAGCGACGCCGGAAUACGGGACAUACAGGCAGCGGCUGGACCGGACGAAGGGACACGCAGCUCUUAGCUCGACUGUGGCAGGGAACCUAAUCAGGGCAGGAAAGAAAGGCAGGCACACUUACCCAGAGAAAAAAGGGGCAGUGGAUGUAAAAACGCUUCUCAAGGCUAGAGAGGGCAGGGGCAGUGCUAGGAAAGGUCAGAAAUACCCCUGGAGUGAAGGAAGGGAGGGAACAGAGGUACACCGGACAGAAGGCAGAGGAGGCAAAUAUCACCCGAAGCGGUAAUACUCAGCAGGUGAGGGCAGUGGGACAAGGCGGAAAGAUGUUACAAUAAGUCGAGACUGUAUUUUUUCUCUUUUUAUACAAAGAAGCUGCCCUACAGUUGAACAGAGUGAUUAGGGUGCAUUCCUCCAGUUAGGGGCAGCAAUCAUUCUACCGCCAGAGAUCUGGGAGAAAAUUACUUUGUACAAGGAGAGCCAAACGAGCGCUCUGAUUAAUCGGAGGGAGGGUAGCGUUGGGCUUCAGCCGCUGAUUGCCCAGAAUAGCGGCACAGUGUUAUUCCAAGUAGAGUAUUAGGAUAGGGACCCCUAGUAGCAGGAGCGCAGGAAACUUGAGCAUUAUAUCCCUAAAUAAUUAGUGAUACGACCACAUGAGCUGAAGCACAUCCCAGAGCAGACGCUAAGUGCUUUUUAUUUAUGGUAUUGGUGCGGGCUUGCAAAUUAUAUCUGUUAUCGCCAACACAAAAACAGAAGGGCCAAGUGCACGAUAUAGGAGCCCCAUCCCAAAACUACAGGGGAAGCCCAGCUAACCUACUAUUAAAGUGACUGGUUUAAUUACAUCUACAAGCUAGAUGAUCUACCCAUAUAUUCUUUCUGCCGCAUACUUUUUAUUUAUCCUUUUGCUGUGUGACUACCCUAGGGCUUGGGGUGGGGGGUAUUGGUGCUCCUCCCUCCUCCUCCUCCUCCCCCACCACCACCUCUGCACCCAAGGGAGCCAGAAUCCCACACAAUAGGAACUUUAACACAAUAAGUGAGAGAGGGGGGAGAGUUCGCCAAAGGGAUCCUGCUGCAGGUAUUGUAGAGGGGAAACCACUGCAAAACACACAAGAAACACACUUAUUGGCCAACUGGGUAUAUUUUUACUGGGUGUAGUUUUGAGGGACAGUGGAGAUGUCCAGAAGGAAACAGGCCAAGCCACGCUCGGUGAAAGUGGAAGAUUCUGAAGACUUUGGGCUAAAUUGGGAAUCCACAGUCACCCAGGCAGGGGGUCUGGAUAGAGAAGCAGAAGAAGAGGGUCAAACUUUGGAAGAUGGCAACAGCGUGACCAGCCACGAAGAGAGGAUUGAGGAAGAGGAGCUGGAAGAUGAAUCAAUUUACACUUGUGAUAACUGCCAGCAGGAUUUUGAUUCCUUGGCUGAAUUGACGGAGCACCGGACCCAGCAUUGCCUAGGAGAUGGUGAUGACGACCCGCAGUUCUCCUGGGUGCCUUCAUCUCCCUCCAGCAAAGACAUUGCUUCACCUACUCAGAUAAUAGGGGAUGGAUGUGAUCUCGGCAUAGGAGAGGAAGAAGGGGGAUCUGGAUUGCCUUAUCCAUGCCAGUUUUGUGACAAGUCUUUUAGUCGCCUGAGCUACCUGAAAAGACAUGAGCAAAUCCACAGUGACAAGUUACCUUUCAAGUGUACCUAUUGCAGUCGCCUUUUUAAGCACAAGAGAAGUAGGGACCGCCACAUAAAACUUCACACAGGAGAUAAAAAAUACCAUUGUCAUGAAUGUGAGGCUGCAUUCUCUCGCAGUGACCACCUGAAAAUUCACUUAAAAACACACAGUUCUAGUAAGCCGUUUAAAUGCACAGUGUGUAAGCGUGGAUUCUCCUCCACUAGUUCACUGCAGAGUCACAUGCAAGCUCAUAGAAAAAACAAGGAAUAUAUGACAAAAUCAGACAGAGAGAUGAAGAAGGAUGACUUCAUGUGUGAUUAUUGUGAAGAGACAUUUAGCCAGACCGAAGAUCUGGAGAAGCACGUGAUGACACGUCAUCCACAACUCUCAGAAAAGGCUGAUCUGCAGUGUAUCCAUUGCCCUGAAGUAUUUGCAGAUGAAACUUCUUUGCUUACCCAUAUUGACCACGUCCAUGCUAACAAAAAACACAAGUGCCCUAUGUGCCCAGAGCAGUUUUCUUCAGUAGAAGAAGUCUAUUGUCAUCUUGAUAGCCACAGACAGCCUGAUUCAAGUAACCACAGCAUUAGUCCAGAUCCAGUUCUAGGUAGUGUGGCAUCAAUGAGCAGUGCAACCCCAGAUUCAAGUGCGUCAUUGGAACGAGCUUCCACUCCAGAUUCUACUCUCAAGCCUAUAAGAGGACAUAAAAGAACAGGAUCAUUUGAUAGAGAAGAUGAAAGGAACUGGCCUAAAAUUACCUACAGCUGCCCUUACUGUUCAAAACGAGACUUUAAUAGUUUGGCAGUUCUUGAGAUUCAUUUGAAAACCAUCCAUGUGGACAAACCUCAGCAAAACCAUACAUGUCAGAUCUGUCUGGAUUCCUUGCCCACUUUGUACAACCUAAAUGAGCAUGUCAGAAAGGUGCAUAAGAACCAUGCAUACCCAAUGGUGCAAUUUAGCAACAUAACAGCAUUUCACUGUAACUAUUGCCCAGAAAUGUUUGCUGACAUAAACAGCCUCCAGGAGCAUAUAAGAGUUACACAUUGUGGCCCAAAUGCAACUACACAGGAGGGCAAUAAUGCUUUUUUUUGUAACCAGUGUUCUAUGGGAUUUCUUACGGAGUCUUCCUUGACCGAGCAUAUCCAACAAACACACUGCAAUGUAGGAAGCUCAAAACUGGAAUCCCCUGUCAUUCAGCCAACACAAUCUUUCAUGGAAGUUUAUUCAUGCCCUUACUGUACAAACUCCCCCAUAUUUGGCUCCAUACUAAAGCUCACAAAACACAUAAAAGAAAACCACAAGAACAUUCCACUAGCAAAUCAUAAGAAGUCAAAAUCUGAACAAAGUCCUGUCUCUUCAGAUGUUGAAGUCUCCUCCCCAAAAAGGCAACGGUUGUGUGUCAACCUUAAUUCUGUGUCUAAUGGAGAGUAUCCUUGUAAUCAGUGUGAUCUAAAGUUCUCCAAUUUUGAAACAUUUCAGACACAUUUAAAGUCUCAUUUGGAACUGCUUUUAAGAAAACAGUCAUGCCCUCAGUGUAAAGAGGACUUUGAUUCUCAGGAGUCUCUCUUACAACAUCUCACUAUACACUACAUGACCACAUCAACACACUAUGUCUGUGAAAGCUGUGACAAACAGUUUUCUUCAGUGGAUGAUCUGCAAAAGCAUUUAUUAGACAUGCAUACUUUUGUGUUAUAUCAUUGCACACUCUGCCAAGAAGUAUUUGAUUCCAAGGUUUCCAUCCAAGUGCAUCUGGCAGUAAAACACAGCAAUGAGAAGAAAAUGUAUCGUUGUACAGCAUGUAACUGGGAUUUCAGAAGAGAGGUGGACUUACAGCUACAUGUGAAGCAUAGUCACUUGGGAAACCCAGCAAAAUCGCACAAGUGCAUCUUCUGUGGGGAAACAUUCAGCACGGAAGUAGAGCUUCAGUGCCACAUCACAACUCACAGUAAGAAAUACAAUUGCAAAUUUUGUAGCAAAGCUUUCCAUGCUAUUAUCUUACUGGAGAAACACCUGCGUGAGAAGCACUGUGUCUUUGACACUAAUAAUCAAAAUGGUACAGCCAAUGGAAUGGUGCCUGCAAAUAAAAAGUCAGAGUCUGCAGAAGCACAGAGUGUGCUGAUGAAGAAUCCAGAUGUUACUAACAGUCAUGAAGCCAGUGAAGAUGAUGUAGAUGCUUCUGAGCCUAUGUAUGGUUGUGAUAUCUGUGGAGCAGCCUAUACAAUGGAAGUUCUCUUGCAAAACCAUCGCUUAAGAGACCAUAAUAUCAGGCCAGGGGAAGAUGAUAGUUCAAGAAAAAAGGCAGAAUUCAUUAAGGGUACUCACAAAUGCAACAUCUGUUCAAGAACAUUCUUUUCAGAAAAUGGACUCAGAGAACACAUGCAAACACACAGAGGCCCUGCAAAGCAUUAUAUGUGUCCCAUUUGUGGGGAACGGUUUCCCUCCCUAUUAACGCUAACUGAGCACAAAGUUACUCACAGCAAAAGUUUGGACACAGGGACAUGUAGGAUCUGCAAAAUGCCUCUUCAAAGUGAAGAAGAAUUUAUUGAGCACUGUCAGAUGCAUCCGGACCUUAGAAAUUCUCUUACUGGAUUUCGCUGUGUUGUGUGUAUGCAGACUGUUACUUCUACUCUGGAGCUUAAAAUUCAUGGAACAUUCCAUAUGCAGAAACUGGCUGGGAAUUCUGCUGCCUCCUCUCCUAAUGGUCAGACAUUGCAGAAAAUGUACAAAUGUGCUCUUUGCUUAAAAGAGUUUAGGAACAAGCAAGAUCUGGUAAAGCUAGAUGUCAAUGGCUUGCCAUAUGGCUUGUGUGCUGGGUGCUUAAGCAGAUCCACUAAUGGACAACCAUCAAACCCUACACCACAAGAAGCUUGUGAUCGACUGUGUACUAGUCUGAGGUGCCCUGAGUGCAGUGUCAAAUUUGAAAGUGCAGAAGACCUGGAAAGCCAUGUUCAGAUGGAUCACAGAGACUUGGCACAAGAUUCUAGUGGACAAAGAAAAGUAGCUCAAUCCUCUCCAGUCCCCAGAAAAAAGACCUACCAGUGCAUCAAAUGCCAGAUGACCUUUGAGAAUGAGAGAGAAAUUCAGAUACAUGUUGCCAACCACAUGAUUGAGGAAGGAAUCAAUCAUGAAUGCAAGCUGUGCAACCAGAUGUUUGACUCUCCGGCAAAGCUUUUGUGUCACCUGAUUGAGCACAGCUUUGAAGGCAUGGGAGGAACGUUCAAAUGUCCUGUUUGUUUUACAGUUUUUGUACAGGCAAAUAAGUUGCAACAGCACAUAUUUGCAGUUCAUGGCCAAGAAGAUAAAAUUUAUGACUGUUCCCAGUGUCCACAGAAGUUCUUCUUUCAAACUGAGCUUCAGAACCACACGUUGAGCCAGCACGCACAGUGAGCCGGUGGCACUACAGGACUUCUCUCUGUAGAAGACUUGACGGCGACACAGUGGGGAGGACCAUUUGAACAUUACAUCCAAUCAACGUGUCAUUUGCAACCCAGAUGUAAAACUCUAAUGAUUUGGCCAUGAGGUGCUGCUAUUAUAAGCAGCUGGAAAUGAAUAUUAAUGGAGGAGAUUAAAAGUAUUCCAUGCUCAGUAUUUUUAUUGUCCUGCUUCUUACUAGUGUACUUUAGAGCUUCUGACUGAAUUUAUAGCUUUAGAAUAAUCCUUUCCAAUGUUGUCUUUUGUUGCUUCUCGUAUAUUGAUAGUUCAGAACUCGGAAUGUUUAUUUUCAGCAUCAUUUAAAUGCUAUUUUUUUUUUUUUUAGUUGUGUGUCUUUGUGAUGUGAUGGAUUGGCAGCUGACUAUUCCAUUUUAUAUAUUUUCUUUCUUUAAAAAAUGCUUUGAUUGGAUUUGUCAGUUCUCAGAAGGCAAUCUAAUAAAUAUAAUUAGCAACUGGAUGGUCUGCUCUUUUAAUUGUGACUUUAUCUGAUUUGCAAUAACAGUUCAAUAAAGGGAAAUAAAGUGAAUCCUUA